UUUGCUCUCUUUCUAGACUGCAAUAUUGGCUUGGGAAUGAUCUCAGGUGGCAUCCGGGACCCUCAGAUCACUGCAUCCUCUUCGUACUCGAUGUGGACUCAACCUUCUGCAGGGAGACUAUGGAACAACAUGUGAGGCUAUGUAAACGUCAGUUCACACGGCAACGGACGAAUUUUUAGACCGGUUGAAAAUUCGUGCGUUUAGAUGCGCCGCUCACACGGAACUUUUAACACUAACCGUACGAAAAUUUAGACGCCUAGCCGUUGAUCAAAGUUUCCUGUGAACAGGGAGAAAGUAUUGAACGGUCCCGAGAGAACGAAGUGACCGGUUAAAUAUUUUAGCCGGUCUAUAAUUCGUUUGGUUGCAGUGUGAACGUAUCUUAAGACACCCCUGAACAGUUCGCAGAUGUUAUAACGCUUUUGUUUGUUCAGAUUUAGACCUUUCAACGAUCUGUUCAUCAUUAGUUAGCCACCUAAAGAAAUUACCUCCUGCAUGAACGCUUUUAUUGAAAGAUUCAAAACAACGCUGCGAUAUACAAACCCAAACGUUUAUAGCGACGGAAAAAUGUAUUAAAUAACAUUCAGUUGAACACAAGCAACGUUAUCAGUUCUACUAUAUAGGAUAUUUCGAAAUCUAUUCCGUCAAACCAAAUAUUCUUCCGUAUAAUCUGAAAUCUGCAUGAGCACAGGAUAAUAUGCUAACAUCUGCCCAGCCAAUUAGAGCCAAAAACAGUACAAGGGUUAUAACAUGUAGGUCAUUAGAGUCACAGCAAAACAUGGUCGCUGACUGAUUGCAAAGUUUAGGGAGUGUAGGGAGUGAUUUGCUUGGGGGCGGGGGAUGGAAGGGGGAGGAAAUUCUAAAAAAAUGCCACUGUCAAGUUAAGAUUUGAAGCUCAUUUUAUCAAGCUGGUACGAAUUAUUUUUUUGGAAGUCAUCAUGACAAUUAAACAAAACUUGUCUCAGAUUUUUCUUUCAGUUCCUCCUAAGCAAACAGCAAAAACACACAAAAAAUAGAUAGAAAAAACUUUUUUUCCAGCAAAAAGGAAAUGUGUACCAGCAUUUCGUGGUCGUCAAUUAAUCGUCCAAUAGUACAAUAAGAAGAGAACUACAAACAAUGGCAAAAAAUUAAACGUAGGACGUUUUACCGGCAAAAUUUUAACCACAGAGGAACCUGUGGUUAAUCCUGGUUGUUUUCACAGUAAAACUCUUAGUAGCCACACUAAAGAAGUCUGGGUUACCUGUGCUGAAGCUUGGGUUAUCAGUGUGGAACCAUCACAGUUGGGUAGCGGUUGAUAAACGGAGUUUGUUCGUUCUAAAGGGUUUAAUUUUUGUUUUUAAGGCGAUUACAUGAGAGUACCCUAGGUGGCUGGUGUGCUAUGGAAGAAGAUGAUGAUCCAUAUUUACAGAUUGAUCUUGGAAAACAGAAAGUUAUCACGGCGGUAGCUACUCAGGGAUUAAAUAACCCACAGGGUAACUGGGUAGAAAGGUACUCUUUAAACUACAGCUGUGAUGGAAUCAACUGGAAAACAUAUCAAUCGUUUGCCAAAGAUGAGGUAAAUACUAUACCCUUAAAUACAUUUACAAGUUAUGAGUUGAAAGUAAGACUAAAUCGGUUAAAUUUAGGCCCGAUUCAUUUUCCUCGAGAUGCUUGUAUUUGUCACGCAUUUGGUUGAGUGUGUUUUUACCGUCAGGAAACAGCUUUGUUAGCAGCUCACAGUGUACCGUCUGAUGUAAAAAUUGGUAAUCGUAACAAGUGAGGUUAACUAAGGACACUUCCAGGUUACCCUUGUUUACCAGAAGUUCUGCGGAAGUUCAUAGUUUCAGCACCAAAGCCACCAAAAAUCGAAAAGAGAAAGAGAAAAAUCAUAAAAGGUUCUAGACCCUAUCGUCUUAAUAAUUAAUGUAAAUUUACAAUCUCUCUGUGAUUUUCGAAUCAUCAAAGGCUGAAAGUGAUGAUUAACAACUUUUAGUCCAAUAACUCUUCCUUUCCCAUUUUCGGUGUCAGAGCUGGAAGACGAAUACGAAUACGGAAAGAUACAGUUUGAACAUGUUUGAAAAUAAACUAAGUGAAGAAAAUGAAAAUGACCCCUGGAAUUAGGGCGGGUAAGCCUUUAAAGAAAAAUAUGUUAUUUCCGUGUAUUUGUGAUGUAUAAAAGGGGAAAUAACUUCAAGUAAAUUUCCAUUGUGCAAGCAGAUGAUAAACGAGCAAGCCAGGUCUGGAUUUUUAGUCAUUGCUUGUUUAUAUUUUUUAGUUUUCUUUAUUUGGCUACGGAAAUAAUUUCAUCGAGGUUACGAAUGGUUAUAAGUGAUGAAUAUCGAGGAAGACUAGAUAUUCUUAUGUGAUUGGCUGCUCGACUAUGUCGACAAUUUUUGCCGAUUUCUGAAUGGAGGUGCGAAGAUAUCGACGCAUGGUUAUUAUCGGGUAUAAUGUGGUGCUCGAGAAGUUUUCUUUUGACUUUAAAACAAAGUUGGACCCGACGGUAGCCUGCGUAGCAGGUGCUUGCCAACGUGACAAUCAUUGACAAAUAAUUUUGCAGUUGAAUGAUAAACCAGGGGUUAUCUUCAAAGAGCGAAACACAUUUUGCAUCCAUAUGGUUCCAAGCUUUUCUUUCGCCUCAACGGACAGAUGUGACUCAAGGUCAAAUUAUCAGCUAAUAACAUUAUUUACCUUAGUAGGCAGAGAUUUUUGCCACAACGUUUAAAUUUAAUGCCUCAACUGGCGAAAAAUACUUUGAUUAAUUUCAUUUGGUACCGAAAAGCUGGUUUGCUUCGCAUCUUUCCUCUCUUUUCUCCCUAGACCAACAAGCUAGGGUGAACCCACAGCAGAAUAGAAAAAACUCCAUGAAGGAGGAUUUGAUCGAUAUAAUCAUCGCACCUUCAUUUAUUCGCGAAUCGGCAAAUAGAGCAGCCAAACACAUAUCAGGCUGAAUUUCUAGUCCUCCUCGAGAAUCAUCCCCAAAAUGCUCUAACAAAACCAAUAAUAAGAAAACCAAUCGACUGGGCAUGCUUCUGAUCUUAAAUCCGACAAAUUUUGGCGACUUUUUCCCACUAUAGUAGAGGAAAAUGUGUGCUGGCUUGCAUAAAUAAGGCUUGCCAGCAAUUAAAAACCUACUCUCAAAGGAGAUGUUUUCUCUGAGACAACACUAUAGCUAUUUACUUCAUUAUUGUUAGCAUUUACCUUACUGACUGACUGACUGACCACCUCACUUAUUUACUUACUUAGAUAAUAAAUUACUUUAAAUAGAGAAUAUUAAUUAAAGAAGAGAUUUCUAAAAAGUAUCCUUUAAAAAAAAUCCUAUUAUUCCUCCCAUGUACGUAAUAAAGAGUUUUUUUUUGUUUACUUAGGUUUUGAAGGGUAACACCGAUGGUGACACAGUUGUAAGCAAUAAACUGGACGAGGCCAUUAUAGCUCGAGAAAUAAGAAUAAAAGCACUUCAGUGGAAUAUGUACGGCAUGGUCUGCAUGAGAGUAGAAAUCUAUGGUUGCGAUACAGACAAAGGUAUUGAACAAUCGUAGCUAAUAUUAAGCACGUUAGAAAAAGCAUAGCAAGGUCAUCAUCUUAAAAAACUUUCUAUUAGGCAGCCAGCGGAUACUUUUCAGUGAGUUGAAAGGGCAACGUAGGCUGUCACCGCCAGACUGGCCUUUUCCGCUGCCUCAUUUGAUAGCAACACAAUCAAAAGGUCUGAGAAAUAUUAGCCAGGAUAACGCCUAGACUAAUCAGCCAUGAUGAGAUGAUUCGUUCCAAUUCGUCCAUCACACUUCUAAAUAUUUGGACGAAAUACAAUGGUGAUUUGUUACCAUUCAUAUCAACCCUCUUAAGUAGAACUUUUGCGUUGUACUAUUUAUUUAUUUUGGGUUUAGAGAAAAAAACUUAGAGUUUUUGGUGAAUUUUCAUUUCGGUUUCUGUUAGGGGUAAGAGGGUUAGAGGUUGAUUUAUUUCAGCCAAGUUUCACACACAUGCGUAAAACCCGUCCCUGAAGUUUCCUGAAUGAGCGCAUAUUAAUGUACUGAGACUUACGUGUUUAUCACAAUGCAACCAUGAAAGACAUUUUUACCUUAGGUUAUUUAAGUCCUAAAGUUGUAAUAUUUUCUGCUCGACACCUUACAGAUGGCCGCUUUGAAGACUGUAGCACAGAGGCGGGAAUGGAGAACAGACAGAUAACUGAUAGACAAGUGACUGCGUCCUCUUUUGCCAGCGGUCAUCACCCAUCACGAGGUCGACUUAAUAAUGAGAUUCAACAUGUCAAUGGUACUGUGUUAUUAGGCAGCUGGUGUGCGGCAACCCAAGAUACCUCACAAUACAUACAGGUAUAGACCUCUUGUACCACACAAUGAAACGAGGUGCAGCCUUGGGUGGGUAAUUUUAUACAGACCACUCGGGCCAGGUAUGGACCACCAUUAAACCUUAUCUUGCAGCUACUUUAACUACAAUUGUCUUGACAAGGCGUCAUGUCUCCUGAAUCGCUUAAUACCGGUACGUUCUUAAUUCUGGGCCUGCUGUAAGUGGACCUUACACUUGAAACGCCUUACUGCGAUUGUCACAUAACUCCGGGGAAGAUAUAAGAAAAACGUUAGAUGAGAAAAGUAUCAUUUCUGUCUCAGGUUGACCUUCCAGCGUCGCGAAACAUCUCUGGAGUCGCCACUCAAGGAUCUGUGAUGGGGACCUGGGUAACAGAAUAUACUCUUAACUACAGUAUGGAUGGGUUACAUUGGAAUACUUACUGUAAUCAAACUGACGGCAAAAUAAAGGUGGGAGUUACUAUCCAAAAAAGAUGAUUAGUUAAAGGCCAUUGUAUCAAAAAUAGAACAAAAGCGAUACAAGUAGAGGAAGUUUGGGUGUUUCUUAAUGUUGCUGAAUCAAUUGUUGGUUAGGUAUUGUUUUGUGGUGCGAGUAUUGUUUAGUGUCUUUUCAGUCUUCUGUAUUACGUCAUGUGUUGAUCGAACCGGAUGAGCACGCAACACCAAGCAGAAGUUUCCAGUCCGCAAGAGUUAGAAGCAGAAUAAAAUACCUUAACUUCGUUGUGAUUUACAAGUCUUAACUUGAUCAUUAUUCAUUCACUUUACCUAUCUUCAGCUGUGUUAUAUAUACAGUAAAACCCGCAGGAAUGUGCGGAAAAUGAACCGAACCUCCAGUCUGAAAACUUGCCACUGAAAUAGGUAUGGCGCUCCAAUGCGCGCCUUACGCGCACGCGGACGCUCCGCUACCAAUAAAUGACAGUCCCUGUAGUAGUAGAUAACUUGAUGGCUAUUUUACAGAUUCUCCAGGGGAACGUGGAUACCCUUACGGCCCAUAAGAAUAUGUUUGACUGGCGAAUCAAUGCUCGUUAUAUUCGCAUUAACCCAAGGGCGUGGACACCAACCGGACAAAUCUGCAUGAGAGUGGAAAUAUACUUGUGCCACAAUUACCAAGGUGAGUGA